CCUGCUGGAAGAGGAAGAGAAAGGCUGAGAGAGUCGGGUUACAAGAUGGCGGAUCUGUAGUAGUUCCCGCGGCGGGCGGCGGCAGCCGGAGAGCGAGUGUGUUCCGGGGAGCAAAGGGAAGAGACGGUGGUAGUGCGCAGGGGUGGAGGGAGGGGACCGGAGAGCACGGGCGGCGGGCUCCCGAUGGCUCUUGUCACCCCUUCUCGCGGCUAGACCUUUGGAGCCAUGGUAAACUCGGGCCUAUCCAGAGCCGCCGCCGCCGCCGCUGCCGCUGCCGGCUCCCAGGAGUGAGGGCCACCGGCGAGGUGAGCGAGGAGGCGGCGGCUGGAGCGGGGGCCCAGCAGCCACCAUGUCGGAUACACGGCGGCGGGUGAAGGUCUACACCCUGAACGAAGACCGGCAAUGGGACGACCGGGGCACCGGGCACGUCUCCUCCACUUACGUCGAGGAGCUCAAGGGGAUGUCGCUGCUGGUCCGUGCCGAGUCCGACGGAUCUCUACUCUUGGAGUCAAAGAUAAAUCCAAACACUGCAUAUCAGAAACAACAGGAUACAUUAAUUGUUUGGUCAGAAGCUGAAAAUUAUGAUCUGGCUCUAAGUUUUCAAGAAAAAGCUGGCUGUGAUGAGAUCUGGGAAAAAAUUUGUCAAGUUCAAGGUAAGGACCCAUCAGUAGAAGUCACACAGGACCUCAUUGAUGAAUCAGAAGAAGAACGAUUUGAAGAAAUGCCAGAAACUAGUCAUCUAAUUGACCUGCCCACAUGUGAACUCAGUAAACUUGAAGAGAUUGCUGACUUAGUUACCUCAGUUCUUUCCUCACCUAUCCGUAGGGAAAAGCUGGCUCUGGCCUUGGAAAAUGAAGGCUAUAUCAAAAAACUACUGCAGCUGUUCCAAGCUUGUGAGGACCUAGAAAACAGUGAAGGCUUGCACCAUCUGUAUGAGAUUAUUAGAGGAAUCUUAUUCCUAAAUAAGGCAACUCUUUUUGAGGUAAUGUUUUCUGAUGAGUGUAUCAUGGAUGUCGUGGGAUGCCUUGAAUAUGACCCUGCUUUGGCCCAGCCAAAAAGACAUAGAGAAUUCCUGACCAAAACUGCAAAGUUUAAGGAAGUUAUACCAAUAACAGACUCGGAACUAAGGCAAAAAAUACAUCAGACUUACAGGGUACAGUACAUUCAGGACAUCAUUUUGCCUACACCUUCUGUUUUUGAAGAGAAUUUUCUUUCUACUCUUACAUCUUUUAUUUUCUUCAACAAAGUUGAAAUAGUCAGCAUGUUGCAGGAAGAUGAGAAGUUUUUAUCCGAAGUCUUUGCACAGUUAACAGAUGAAGCUACAGAUGAUGAUAAACGGCGUGAAUUGGUUAAUUUCUUCAAGGAAUUUUGUGCAUUUUCUCAGACAUUACAACCUCAGAACAGGGAUGCUUUUUUCAAAACUUUGGCAAAAUUGGGAAUUCUUCCUGCUCUGGAAAUUGUAAUGGGCAUGGAUGACUUGCAAGUCAGAUCAGCUGCUACAGAUAUAUUUUCUUAUCUGGUAGAGUUUAGUCCAUCUAUGGUCCGAGAAUUUGUAAUGCAAGAAGCCCAGCAGAGUGAUGAUGAUAUACUUCUUAUAAAUGUGGUGAUUGAACAAAUGAUCUGUGAUACUGACCCUGAGCUAGGAGGUGCAGUUCAGUUGAUGGGACUUCUUCGUACUCUAAUUGAUCCAGAGAACAUGUUGGCUACAACUAAUAAAACUGAGAAGAGUGAGUUUUUAAAUUUCUUCUACAACCAUUGCAUGCAUGUCCUCACAGCUCCACUUUUGACCAAUACAUCAGAAGACAAGUGUGAGAAGGAUCAUUUGCUUGGAUCUAACAAAACCAGUACAAUUUGCCCUGAUAAUUAUCAAACAGCACAGCUGCUUGCCUUAAUUCUAGAGUUACUCACAUUUUGUGUGGAACAUCACACAUACCACAUAAAAAACUAUAUCAUGAACAAGGACUUGCUAAGAAGAGUUUUGGUGUUGAUGAAUUCAAAGCACACUUUCUUGGCCUUGUGUGCACUUCGCUUUAUGAGGCGGAUAAUUGGCCUUAAGGAUGAAUUUUAUAAUCGUUACAUCACCAAAGGAAAUCUUUUUGAACCAGUUAUAAAUGCCCUUUUGGAUAAUGGAACGCGGUACAAUCUAUUAAAUUCAGCUGUUAUUGAAUUGUUUGAAUUUAUAAGAGUGGAAGAUAUCAAGUCUCUUACUGCACAUAUAGUUGAAAACUUUUAUAAAGCCCUUGAGUCAAUUGAAUAUGUUCAGACAUUCAAAGGAUUGAAGACAAAAUAUGAACAAGAAAAAGACAGACAAAAUCAGAAACUGAACAGUGUACCAUCUAUAUUACGUAGCAACCGAUUUCGCAGAGAUGCAAAAGCCUUGGAAGAUGAUGAAGAAAUGUGGUUUAAUGAAGAUGAUGAUGAAGAAGGAAAAGCAGUUGUGACACCAAUUGAAAAAUCUAAGACCGAAGAUGAUUUUCCAGAUAGUUACGAAAAAUUUAUGGAGACUAAAAAAGCAAAAGAAAGUGAAGACAAGGAAAACCUUCCCAAAAGGACAUCUUCUGGUGGCUUCAAAUUUACUUUCUCCCAUCCCCCCAGUGCUGCUAAUGGAACAAACAGUACAAACAGUAAGUCUGUGGUGGCUCAGACAACACCAGCAAGUUCUAAUGGGUCCUCUUCCAAAACUGCAAACUUGGCUGCAUCAGUGACAGCCACUAAGGGGAGUUUGGUUGGCUUAGUGGACUAUCCAGAUGAUGAAGAGGAAGAUGAGGAAGAAGAAUCAUCCCCCAGGAAAAGGCCUCGCCUUGGCUCAUAGAAUACUUGCUGGGGGACUCCCAACACAUGGUCUUACUAAAAUGCUGUAGCUGCUCACUGAGCUCAAGUCUGAAUGGGAAAGCUUUCUCAUGGAACGUGACACACAUGGAGUAGCAGAGACUCAGUUAUCAGGUAGGAAAGUCUAGCGUAAGAAACCAGGCUCCCCGAGAACUUCAUUGUUUCUUAGUGAUUAAAGGGUUUGCCUUUUGAGCUGUCCAAAAUAAGAAGUGAUUGUUGGAGCCUAGGUGAAAGCUUCCCAGCUAGGAAAGUCUCAGGUUUGGGAGAAGAGUUAUUAAUGCAGGGUUGCUUCAGGGGGUCCAACCUAGAGAACAUUGUGAGACUUCAGUACCCAAUAACAUUGCUUGUAUAAUGGUGCUGGCCAUGUUGUUGUUUUAAACAGUUGCCUCUUUUUAAAAGAAAUUUUUAUGUAAAACAAAUUGAACUGUCAUUAGAAAUGAAGUUACAUUGUUGGGACCAUUUCUUUAAAUAUUUCGCAGAAGUGAAACAGCCUUUGGUGUUUCACAGAACGUAUAUACAUACCCUAGGUAACAGCACAUACCAGUUUUUCUACACCGGAGACUUAGUACAUAAAAACACAAGCUGGGUUCCUAAUGGAUAGUUUUCUUAGUAGAACUUUUAAAGUCAGCACUUUUAGAGGUAAUAGCAGCCAAGAAUCACAAUAGCAGUAUUCUGAAAUGGUCCUCCUCAAAACUCAGGAGUGGCUGGAAGAGGGUGUCCCCCGGGACAGUCACUCCGCUUCCUCAGUACAGCUAGCUCUGGGUCUCCUCGCGGCUACUGACAAAUUUAUAGAGAUCAAUAAAGAACGGUGCUGAACUAAGUGGCAUUUACUAUCUAGAAGCCAUUUUCUCUAGAGUCACGCAGCAUAGCACGGGAAACUUCCAGAUGAGGUGUAACACAAAAAAUUGCAUUUUUAAGAGAAUAAAAAGCACAUUCCAUGUACGUAAAUGAAUUUAAAAUAACUGAGGCAAACUAUUAAGAGCUUUUAUUUUUAGAACAGCGAGUUAAUUGUAAAUAUUUUAAUGUUAGUUUGCUCAUCUAUGAUCUGAGAUCAUUGCUGAGAUAAGAAAAAUGACCCCAAACUACAAUUUAAUGCAUUGGGAAAAAACAAUUCAAAAACAUAGUAAUUCCAGCUGCAGUCUUUGGAACAGCUCUGUUUGUGUUUGGGUCCAUUCUCCUGGAAUAGCUUAAAAGCGGCUUCCUGUGCUGGAGAUUUAGAGUUAAUUUUAAUUUUGGCUAUUGUUUGGAAAAGAUGGGCUGUCUGUGUAGAUAUAAAGUAUAGUUUUUUCCAUAAAACAGAUGUUUAUUUUGUAUUAAAAAUACCACUGUACUUGUUUUACACCAUUUGUAUACAUGUGGUGAUAUAAUGUAAAAUUCUGGAAUUAAAAUGUGACCCUGUAAUUCCAUGAUUGAGGCUUGUGUUUGUUUCGUUGUAAAUAUAAUAAGUAAACUAUUUUUGAGAUA